CGGAUCUGUUGAGGCUUUUCCAGGAAAGAUGAUGCGCCUGUGUGUGAUUGCGGCUCUGCUGGUGGCUGCGGCUGCCGUGCCACAAAAGACGAUGAUCCACUCUCUGAAGAACCCAGGCCACCGCGGCGGGGGCCGCGUCAUCGGCGGCAGCCACGCGGAGCGCGGACAGUUCCCGUUCUCGGCGUUCAUCAACAGCAACGGCUACGUGUGCGGCGGCGCGCUCAUCUCGCAGAGAUACGUCCUCACCAUAGCGCAGUGCAUCGACGGGCUGACCCACUGGGAGGUGUACCUGGGCGCAGCCGACCUGUCUGCCGUGGAGCCGGGCCGCACCGUGGUCACCACCGUCAGGGGCCUCAAGUACCCCGGCUAUGACACAGCACUCACUGGGCUCACCAGCGACAUCGGACUCAUCGACCUCGGCGCGAAUGUGCCGCUUUCCCCCUACGUGCAGCCAGCCAAACUGCCCGCUCGCUCGGAGAUCGGCAAGGUCUACUUGGGACAGGAGGGCGUCUUCGUGGGAUUUGGAACCACUACUGUUGCGUCCGCAAACGCCAUCUCCGACUACAGUUUGAACUACGCGACCCUGGAGGUGAUCGACGACGGAGACGAAGGUUGGGCCAUGCGUGCCAAGGGACACAACGGAGAAUCAGGCUGUGACGACUACGGCAGCCCGCUGGUGCAGUACAGAAACGAGACGGCCGUGGUGAUCGGCGUCAACACCUUCAUCGCCGGCGGCGACGGCUGCAACAACGCCGUCACCGGCUUCACCGUCGUCUCGCUCUACCUCGACUGGAUCUCCUACGUGGCUGGCGUCCAGAUCGACCACGUCCCCGCAUGACGUGCCUGCAUUUCCUGAAGCCCUGCCAUUCUACUCACGUGCUCAUCCGUUCUCGAAAUUCCUGCGAUAUGAAAUGGGCUUCUGCGACUAAAUUAAACUGUGGUGUAUUACAAGUAAUGUAAUUAAAUUCAGUGUAUAAUAUAGAGUAAAUGAGUCAGCUAAA